CCAGACUUCGGGUUAUCGAUCCAUUAGAAAUUAAACUAUAGCAAGCCCAGCAGCGUGCAUUUGCACAUUCUUCCGUAGACAAAAGGAUAGAACUCCUUCCCGUUCGCAAUGUUUAUUAGAGGAAUAAUAGAUCGCUUGGACCCAGUUCGGCUGUCAAGAUUCCCUUCGAUUACCAGUGGGGCUUCAGGCAGUCAGGCAGCGGUGUACAUGCAUAAGGCGUACCUGGAGCAAGCCGUUCUGAUCCUGAACACCGUCUCACUCAUUGUCUGUCUGGUCAAUUACUUCGCUGUACCGUUACUACAACCACAGGUUUUUGUGCGCAAUUCUAACGAUUGCGACAGACCAGACGAUGGCCGGUGUUUCACCUUGAAUGCAACAGUCAACUGGCCUGCUUACUCGUUUGAAAAAGGGUUUCAUGAGUUAAAGCUGUUACUUAUACGCACCGUAAAAGAACCUGUUGCGAACUUGUCGUUGAAGAGAACCAUGACACGUGAAAUGAUGAAGACAAGGUCUUUGUGGAUGGAGUAUCAGAUCGUAUGGCCGCUCGAUCUGGUGUGCUGUAUCAGUGUAUUUGUUCUGGAUCUGAUACGGCGUAUACGCAGAGCGAAACGUUUAAUUUACGACCUGGCCCCAAUGUUCUGCAUGGGGCUGAUGGAAGUGGCUAUUGCCACAAUACGAGCGCAAGAAUCUUACUUGUUCUACAACAUCGUCACUUCAGUGUCCGAUACUCUCGGAAUGUUGAAUGUGGCGAUUCGGAGCAUUGCAGUGUCAACGAACAUACCUACGUCGUACAUAUUUUGUAUACAUCCUCCCAAGACAUACUUCACACUGUCCAUUUUCAGUGUGUUCAUGACGAUUUUGGACGUCACCUUGAUAUUAGACUACAUGGACCCAGUGUGAUGCAAAUGAGUUAUUAAUGGUAUUUCUUAUUUACUAUAACUAUUAUCGCCACAACUAGAGCGUCAGCUUAUUUGUUGAAUCCGAAAGUAAUAAAACUGCAUAUAAAAGUA